GUACUGAAACAAAAGCCAAAUGGCUCCAACAAGCCCCUCGCUCCAUGUCAAACAGACAGCAAAAAGAAGCAUCCAGUCAAAGCAGGAAAUAGGCCAGAAGUCCCAGUUACCAAUGGGAAUGUGGUAAAGGUCAAAUCUACAAAUAAAAUGGACAGUGGUUCUGCUGAAGACAAUGCUUCUGUGGCUAAGCCAAAGCCCAAAAAGGUAGCAGUGGAUAAGAAUUUAAAUGGCGCCAAAAGUGAUGGAAAAGGCUGCAAAGAAAAAAAGAAAAAGGGUGACAUUUUAAAGGAAAAAGGUGAUAUAAAACAUAAGAGGAGGAAAGCUGAAGAGCACUCAGAACAGCCACCCAAAGAGGCUGAAAUCUGGUUUGAUGACGUUGAUCCAAAAGAUAUUGAAGCAGCAAUAGGACCUGAAGCAGCAAAAAUCGCUCGAAGAAAUCUGGGACUUGAAACAGGGCAAUCCAAAGAGUCUGUGGAGCAGGUGCUGGUUCAGGAAAAGGCUUUUGAAGGGCUGACAAGAGCUGUAGCCAUGGACUGUGAGAUGGUGGGAGUGGGACCCAAGGGUGAAGACAGCAUUGUGGCUCGAGUGUCCAUCGUGAACCAGUUUGGGAAGUGUGUUUAUGACAAGUAUGUCAAGCCUACAGAAGAGGUGACUGAUUACAGGACAGCUGUUAGUGGCAUACGCCCUGAGAAUAUAAACAAAGGUGAAGAUUUUAAAACAGUUCAGAAGGAGGUUGCUGAAAUCUUGAAUGGAAGGAUUUUGGUGGGACAUGCUCUACGCAAUGAUCUGAAGGUCCUAUUUCUUGACCAUCCUAAGAAGAAGAUACGUGACACGCAGAGAUACAAACCUUUCAAACAGAGAGUCAAGAGCGCACGACCAUCACUGAAGCUGCUCUGUGAGAAACUGCUAAAUGUGCAAGUGCAGACAUCAGAGCACUGCUCGAUUCAGGAUGCACAAGCAGCUAUGAGGCUGUACACCCUAGAGAAAAAGAAAUGGGAAGCUGCUGUUAAGAACAAAUCUAACAAGAAAAAUUGUAAAACUUGA